ACCAGUGACGUCAUGCGUAUACGUACGAUCGUUAUUUGACACAGGACUACAGGAGUGAUCGGAUCAUUUUUUGAAAAGAAGCAUGUUGAUGGUAGUUUAUGGUGCGCGCAUGCGCGUGAGGAGUGGAAUUAGCUGCAGUGAUCGGCUCAUAGAGUAAUAUUACUCUAUGGAUCGGCUCGUGUUCAUCAUCGUAGACGCUGAUAAUGGUAUCAUAUUUGUUUACUUUCCGUUAUCGUCUGCAAACGCCAAACGGAUGGAAAAAUAUCGGCUAAUGCAUUUUUUGAUUUUUCAAGCAAUAUUCAAACUGUGAUCAGUGAUCACUCAUUACUUAUUAGUGCAAUACUGCAAUAGAAGACUACGGUAGUCUUUCAGUUUUAUCGUAAAUCGCAUAUUAACAUCCGAAUAAUCGUGCGUCGAGAUGGUGUACUUACACUUUCCGACGAAUCUGACUGAAGAAGAACUCAUGCUGCAAAACAAGUAUCAAAAAUUGAGAAAAAAGAAAAAAGCAUUGCAAGUGCAAAAAACACCUCGACCUGAACCUGAGCCUUCACCUGUACUCAAUCCCAAAAGGCCCAAAGAAACAGCUCGUGAUGCAAGGGAAAUAGCGAAAAAACUAUUGAAGUCUGGUGCUAUAGGACCGAUAAAAAAAGUACCCAAUCGUACAGACCAGGAAUCUUUUAAGAGACCUUGUGGAAUGGAACGCAAAUUGUUGAUCACUACUCAGGCUUUAAGUAGCUAUCAACCCUUUUCAGCAGCUUCACCGGUCAUCAAAACUGAUGUCAUUCCAGAUAGCACUCCUAAAGCGACUCCAACCACUAAAUUCUCUAAUUUGUAUAGUAGUUUUGUUUCUUCCACUUCUAAAACCACUCCACCAGCUCCAAGCUCACCAGAACCAGUUCCCGAACAACCUACUCGUAAGGACAUCACUAUAUUUGUUGGAGGAAGUAGUUCAAUGACUGAAGAAUUUUUAAGGUCCACAUUCAGUAAAUUUGGUACAAUAAUUAAUAUAUCCAUGGAAAUAGAAAAAAAUCGAGGGUUCAUCACAUUCAACUCCCCAGAAACUGCUGAUAAAGCAGUAUCUCAAAUGAACGCCACUACAGUCUCUGGUAUUAAAUUAAAAGUUUCAAUCUCACGAAAUCAGCCUAUUGAAUUUGGCGAUAAAGGAAUUAAUUCAUGGAAUGCCAUUGGUAAGCGGUUUAUUAAUAAUUUCAAAUUUUUAUUCAAUAUUUAGAAUACUUAAUAUUAAUUAGGUCUAUAUUAUAUAGUGUAUUUCUAUAUAGGCACAGUUGGUGAUAAUUAAUUUAAAAUGUUUAUUAAUAAUAUAAAAAAUUAUUUUCUUAGUUUGUAGUUUUACAUAAUGAUUUGUGCAAUGUAAAAAUUGGAGAAAAAUAUACAUAUAAGUU